ACUAAAUGACACUAAAUGUCAUAAUAAAACAAUACGGCGCACGUGUUUAUAUCUGCAAUAAUGUUAUGAACAUUUAUAAUUAAUAUUUACGGAAGCCAAAUGCAUUAAAGUAGAAGAAUGUCACGUCUUAUUGUUAAAAAUUUGCCUAACAAGGUUACAGUCGAUCAUCUUAGAGAAUUGUUUGGUCAGAAAGGAGAGGUUACCGACGUACAGUUGAAAUAUACCAAAGAUGGAAAAUUCAGAAACUUCGGUUUCGUUGGUUAUAGAACUGAGGAACAAGCGAUAGCCGCCAAAGAAUACUUUGAUGGCACUUGCAUACGUUCUAUGAAAAUUGAAGUUCAAACAUGUGUUGAUUUAGGAGAUGAGAAAAAACCUAGAGCGUGGAGCAAAUACGCUUCCGACAGUACAGCCUACAAGAAAAUUCACAAAGAUGAAAUUGACACUGCCAAGGCACAAAAACAAGAAAGGAAAGUGAAAAAAAACAAGAAUAAAAUCAAAGAACUUUUGCAGAAGCACAAAGAUGACCCAUUAUUUGCUGAAUUCAUUAAUGCACACAUCAAUGACAAGACUGCAUGGAUAAAGGAAGCCUUUGAAGAUGCUUCAAAAUCUGAUAAUGACAGUGGUGUGGAUGAAGAAACUGUUGCUAAUGAUGCUGAGAAACAGAAGGAAGUAGUGGUAGAAACUGACAAUCCAAAAAAGAAGGAUGAGAAAGUGGCAAACAAACAUAUCAGUGAUUUAGAGUACAUGAAAUUAUUGAUGAAGAAAAUCGAUAGGAAUACAGAAGAACCCCAAACGGAAACAGAGGAAAUCAAGCCAAAAAAAGUUAGAAACAGAGAAUUGUUCUAUGUCAAAAUAACAGGACUACCAUUUAAAUGUAAAAAAAAGGACAUCAAGGAAUUUUUCAGACCUCUUGUACCAUUUUCAAUAAGACUGCCACUUGGGAAAGGAAAAAAGCUUGCUGGAUUUUGUUAUGUUGGCUUCAGGACUGAAAAGGAAUUGAAGAAAGCCCUGAACAAAGAUAAAUUAUUUAUAGGUAAUCAUCGUCUUCAAGUACAUAAAUAUGAAAACAGAACAAAAUUAGCAGCAGAGGAAGAAGAAAAACAAAACACAAAACGAAAACAAGAGCAAACAAAUAACGAAGAAAGUAUCGGUGAAAGUGGCAGUAUAUUCGUAAGGAAUCUUCCAUAUGUGGUGUCCGAGGAAGAAGUUACUCAGCUAUUCGAAAAGUAUGGUCCCCUGACAGAAGUAAGCAUGCCCAUAGACCCUAUUCUGCGCCAGCCGAAAGGUUUCGCCACCGUGACGUACAUGAUGCCCGAACACGCUGUAAAGGCCUAUAUGGAGCUCGACGGAACCGCAUUCUGUGGCAGAAUGCUACACCUUCUGCCCGCUAAAACUCAACACGUAGACUUGGAAAAUGAUGACGAGGGCCUGUCGUUCAAAGAGAAAAAAGAGAAGAAACUGAAAUCUCAAGCUAAAUCUUCACAUAAUUGGAACGUACUAUUCUUGGGUGGGAACGCUGUGGCGGACGUAGUCGCCGCCAAUUACAACACGACCAAAGAACAGUUAUUGAACGAUGACAAUAAAAAUAUGAGUGCCGCUGUCAGAUUAGCGCUUGGCGAAACACAGCUGGUAUCUGAAACGAAAUCAUUCUUGGAAAGCAACGGAGUGUAUUUGGAUGCCUUCAAUCGGCCAGCAAAAAAACGAUCAAAAACUUGCAUAUUGGUUAAGAAUUUGCCCGCCGACACCAGUAUAGAUGAAAUCCGAAAAAUGUUUGAGAAGCAUGGCGAAUUGGCGCGAUUUCUAAUGCCGAAACAUGGACUGGCCGCACUAAUAGAUUUCAUAGAACCAUUCGAAGCGAAAAAAGCGUUCAACAAACUAGCGUAUUCGCAGUUUAAAAGUGGACCUUUGUAUUUAGAAUGGGCACCCGAAAACGUAUUCGCCAAGUCUGCAAAGAAAUUAGAUCCAGAUACAAAUAAUAAAGUAGUUGAAGAUACAGAAAAAGUUAGUCAAAACAUACAAUCAAACGAAGUCGAAGAUCGUAAAGAAAAUGUUUCUCAGGAAACUUUAAUCGUCGAAGGUGACCCGGAAAAAGACACGAUGUUGUUUGUGAAAAAUCUUAAUUUUAAAACCACAGAAGAAACAUUAAAAUCGCAUUUCUCAGUUUGCGGAAAAAUACAUAAUGUAACAAUAGCAAAGAAGAAAGACCCUAAAAAUCCAGGACAAUUCCUUUCAAUGGGCUACGGAUUUGUGCAAUUCUACAGGAGAGAACACGCAAACGAAGCACUUAAGUUACUGCAAAGUUCUACUUUAGAUGGAAAAACAUUAGAAUUGAAACGUUCUGAAAAGGGAAACGCGAAUGACAUUGCGUCUUCAAAAAAGAGCAACAAAACUAUAGAACAAAAUGGAACGAAAAUAUUAAUUCGAAAUGUUCCUUUCCAAGCAAACAAGAAAGAGCUACACGAAAUUUUCAGGGCUUUUGGUGAAAUUAAAACAUUAAGACUGCCAAAAAAAUUAACAGCUGGUUCAGACCAACAUCGAGGUUUUGCUUUUGUGGAUUAUCACUCAAAAGCCGAUUCUAAGAGUGCUUUUGAUGCUCUAUGUCAGUCAACUCAUCUCUACGGCAGACGGUUAGUGUUAGAAUGGGCAGACCAAUCUGACGAAAAUGAGGAUAUCGAAUUGCUUCGAAAGAGAACCGCACAAUCAUUUAAUGCUAAAAGCCCAGUUGGCAAGAAGUCUAGAAAGGGUGCUGUUGAUGUUGAAGAAUUUGUUGAUGGUGGCAAUGAUAUAUAAUAAUAAAAUUCAUUUCAUUUAAGGUGAUAUAAAUACAUGAUACUA